AUGGUCGAAGGGCAGAGUGAGGGAGGUCUUUUACCAAGUGAAGCAGCUUCAGAGGCUAUUCGAAUCGCUCUUCGUCAGCUUUCCUAUGGAAUGGAGCCCGUCAAAGUCCAACCGAUAAAGCACAAAAAUUCCCGAACAGUUCACAUUGGCUUAACUCACGAAGGCGUGGCGGAAUUCACUGGCAGCAAGCGAACCCACCUCUACAAAUGGUACGUUUUUCUCUACUUAAAUUUUUACUUCAAAACCACAAUCGAGGAGACUUAUUCAAAAUCAGCAACUAACAUUUUUCUAUAUGUAUUUUUGAAUUACUCUGCAGUCUGUAAUUGGCGGUGA